CACCAUUGCCUCACCACUAGCUACUUUCAGUGGGACACUGGAUUCUAUGAACAGAAGGAUGGAGUGGCCAUGGGGAGCCCUCUCAGCCCAGUAGUAGCAAAUUUCUAUAUGGAAUACUUUGAAAAACAGGCCCUAGAAACAGCACCAAAAAAGCCAACUGUUUGGUUCAGAUACGUAGAUGACACCUUCACAAUUUGGAGCCAUGGAGAGGAAGAACUCAGCAAGUUCCUGGACCAUCUUAACAGCAUCCACCCAAACAUCCAAUUCACCAUGGAAAAAGAAAAGGAAGGAAAACUGCCAUUUCUAGAUGUUCUGGUCAUCCGCAAACCCAAUCAACAAUUGGGCCACACAGUUUACAGAAAACCUACACACACAGAUAGAUACCUUCAUAAAAACUCCAACCAUCACCCAAGUCAAAAAAGGAGCACAAUCAAAGCCCUGACAGACCGUGCACAAAGAAUCUGCGAACCUCACCUCCUCCAAGGUGAACUCAACCACCUAAACUGGGCUCUACAAGCCAAUGGAUACUCCACCACAGACAUCAGAAGAGCUGCAAGGCCAAGAACAAGCCCUGAGAGUCAAGACAAAGAUCCACCCAGAGGAAAGGUGUCCUUACCAUACAUCAAGGGAACUACUGACCGCAUAGGGAAGCUGAUGAAGAAGCACAACCUACAAACUAUCUACAGACCCACGAAGAAAAUCCAACAAAUGCUACGGUCAGCGAAGGACAAGAGGGAUCCUCUCUCUUCUGCAGGAGUCUACCGGAUACCAUGCAGCUGUGGACAAGUCUACAUAGGGACCACCAAACGCAGCGCCCAAACAAGAGUCAAAGAACAUGAAAGGCACUGCAGACUAAUUCAACCAGAGAAAUCAGCCAUAGCAGAGCAUUUGAUGAACCAGCCUGGACACAGAAUACUAUUUGAGAACACAAAAAUGCUGGACCAUUCUAACAACUAUCAUGUCAGACUACACAGAGAAGCCAUUGAAAUCCACAAGCAUGUGGACAACUUCAACAGAAAGGAAGAAACCAUGAAAAUGAACAAAAUCUGGCUACCAGUAUUACAAAACUCAAAAAUCAGAACAGUAAAUAAAAAGCAAUACUCUGAAAACAGAGGGUUUCCAGACAUGAAUCAACCAAGGGCAGUUAACGACUCUAAACAAAGGAUGCCCCAGAGGCAGGAAGAAGACAGCAGAUAAGCUUUUCAAUGCUAAUUUAAGUGAUUAACUACACUACAUUCAUACUGACCUCUCUCACCCUAGACUCUCCACAGAUAUAUAUUAACCUCUUUGCUUAGUUUUCUCCAUACCUCACAACCUCUGAGGAUGCCUGCCAUAGAUGUGGGCGAAACGUCAGGAGAGAAUGCUUCUGGAACAUGGCCACACAGCCCGAAAGACAUACAACAACCAACA